UACAUGUUCUCUUCAACCUCCAUAAUAUCACCAUUUUCAUCUCUGAAGCUUCCUCGAAGAAACAAAGAAGAAAAUAAUUGCUACGCUUUUACUAAUAAGCUAUUAGUUCAAUGGAUCCAUGUCCAUUUGUUCGUUUAAUAAUCGAAUCAUUAGCUCUAAAACUUCCAUUAACAGCAACUAAAUCAGCUUCUCAUGGAAUCCAUCCAUCUUCAACUCCCUGUUAUGCAAAACUUAAGCUCAAAAAUUUCCCUACCCAAACCACAAUUCUCCCUCUUUCCCCAAAUUCCUACACCCAAUCCCCGCCGGAAUCUGCCGCAAUCGCAACCGGAUUUCAUCUCGACGCCGCCGCACUCCGUCGUUUAUCCGCGAAACCCGUAACCCUAACUGUCUCUGUUUUCACCGGUCGAAUGGGGGGCCGCUCGUGUGGAGUUACGUCGGGGAAAUUGAUGGGUUCUGUUCAGGUGAGUGUGGAUUUGAGUGGGACGCAUUCGAAGGGGAGGGUGUUUCAGAAUGGGUGGAUGAAAUUGGGGGCGACGGCGAUGACGGAGAAGGAUAAACCGGUGGCGAUGUUGCAUAUAGCGGUUCGAGCUGAACCGGAUCCGCGGUUUGUUUUUCAGUUUGGUGGUGAACCGGAGUGUAGCCCGGUGGUUUUUCAGAUUCAGGGGAAUAUUAGACAACCGGUUUUUAGCUGCAAGUUUAGUGCUGAUCGGAAUAAUCGCUCACGAUCUCUACCAACUGAUUUCAACUUAAACAACAGAGGAUGGAUGAGAACAUUUUCUGGAGAAAGGGACAGAACAGGAAGAGAAAGAAAAGGAUGGAUGAUAAUAAUCUAUGAUCUUUCAGGCUCAGCUGUUGCUGCUGCCUCAAUGAUCACACCAUUUGUCCCCUCUCCUGGUUCCGAUCGUGUCUCACGAUCAAAUGCCGGAGCAUGGCUCAUCCUCCGGCCUAAUGGCGCUUGUGUUAGCAGCUGGAAACACUGGGGUCGACUCCAGGCGUGGAGAGAAAGAGGGCCAGUUGAUGGUCUCGGUUACAAAUUCGAGCUUGUUACUGAUACUGGCCUUACUAGUACCAUUCCAAUAGCUGAAGGCACAAUGAGCAUGAAAAAAGGUGGUCAAUUUUGCAUUGACAAUACAGUGAAAGACACUGCAUUGAGCACGAAUUCUCCGAUAAGAGGAUUCGUGAUGGUGUCAAAUGUAGAAGGCGAAGGCAAGAUUAGUACACCGAUGGUUCAAGUCGGGGUGCAACAUGUCACUUGUAUGGCUGAUGCUGCCCUAUUUAUCGCACUUUCGGCUGCCAUUGAUCUAAGUAUGGAUGCUUGUAGGCUUUUCUCUCAAAAACUCAGGAAGGAACUUUGCCAUGAUGAUCAAGAAUCAUACUUCUAAAUCCGACACGGGUGCAACAACAUUUUCACAGAGGUCAAAGACAUACAAUUUUUUCAUUCAUAUGCAGUGAUGACCAAAAUGUGAACUCUGGUUUGAGCAUGAAAGA